UUAUUAUCAGUCAACACUUCCCGUUCUUGUGUCUUGCUUUGGGGUUUUUGCCUCUUCUUUUGCGUUUUCACGUCAUGUUUUUAUUCAUUUUUAAGCUUUAUUAACUUGUAUUGUGUGUCUAACAGGUGUUUUUUGUGUGUUUUCAGGGCCUUGUACACAUAUGAGGAUGACACCAACGACUUGACGCUGGCAGCAUCCGGAGGAGGAGGUUUGCAGGAGAUUACGCUGACCUUUGACAACGGCCGGGUGAUGUACGGGUUCUGCAGCCUGAAGGAACCCAGCGCCGCUCUGCCACGAUACAUCCUCAUCAACUGGGUCGGGGAAGACGUGCCGGAUGCCAGGAAAUGUGCCUGUGCGAGCCACGUCGCCACCAUCGCAGACUUCUUCCAGGGGGUGGAAGUCACCGUCAACGCCAGCAGUCUGGACGACAUCGACCCGUCGGCCAUCGGCCAGCGGAUGACCAAUGGGACGGCGGCGGUGGCGAGUCCAGUCCUGAGCCGCCUGAAAACCCGAGAGGAGGAUCACGGAGACGUGGGAACGGUGUACGAGAAGACCAACGCUGAGGUGGAGAUGAAGAAGAUCAAUAGAGAGGAGUUCUGGGAGCAGGCCAAGCGUGAAGAGGAGCUGAGGAAGGAGGAGGAGAGGAGGAAGGUGGCCGAAGAGCGGCAGCGUUUCGAGGAGGAACGAAUGGAGCUGGAGAGGAAAGAGCAGGAGAACCGAGAGAAGAGGUACCGCGAGAGGGAACGUCAGAUCGAGGAGCACAGGAAGAAGAUGCAGGAGGAGGAGGAGGCCAGAGAGAGGUUGCAGAAUCAGAUCACCAUAGUAAGUGUUUCCGGAAUAAGAACAAAUCACACAACCCUGGAGGCUAGCAGCACCGAGAAGCUGGAUCUGGUUUACGACACGCUUCAGUCUUAUCCAUCCAGGAUCGUUUUCUCGCCUCCACACAAAGAUGAAACCAGUUUGUCUGACAGCGUUUAGUGAUUCGACUCUGUG